GUGGUAUCACGAUAAUCUUACCCGACAUGCAGCAGAAGCGCUGCUGCUUUCCAACGGGCAGGAUGGAAGCUACCUCUUGAGGAAGAGUAAUGAAAGGGAAGAUUUGUACUCCCUCUCUGUAAGGGGAAAAGAUUCUGUGAAACACUUCCAUGUUGAACAUACAGGAACUUCAUUCAAAUUUGGAUUUAAUGAAUUUUCUAGCUUGAAGGAAUUAAUCAUGCAUUUUGCAAAUCAGCCUUUGAUUGGAAGUGAAACAGGAACCUUAAUUGUAUUGAAGCAUCCCUACCCACGGAAGGUGGAAGAGCCUUCCAUUUAUGAGUCUGUCCGAGUUCACACGGCGAUGCAGACGGGAAGGACAGAAAGUGAUCUUGUUCCAAAUGCUCCCUCACUUGGUACAAAAGAAGGAUAUUUGAUAAAACAAGGCAAAAUAGUCAAGAAUUGGAAGACAAGGUGGUUUACACUGCAUAGGAAUGAACUUAAGUAUUUCAAAGACCAGACAGCCACAGAACCGAUUCGGGCACUUGACUUAACUGAAUGCUCAGCUGUGCAAUUUGACUAUUCCCAGGAAAGAGUCAAUUGUUUCUGCUUAGUGUUCCCACUAAGGACGUACUACCUGUGCGCAAAAACCGGAAUAGAAGCUGACGAGUGGAUUAAAAUACUGCGAUGGAAACUGUCACAAAUACGGAAGCAGCUGGAGCAGCGUAACGCCACGCUCAGUUCCUAG